GGAAGUUAACAGCACACCUUCAUGUGUCUUAGUGUUACUUAACUCUCAACACUCAAUCUCCAUCAUUUUGGCUUUCACGGUGACUGAACACAAGUCUGUGUCCUCUCUAGUCUCUCACUCAGACACAAUGACCUUUCAACAGCCAAAGCCUUUUGUCAUGACACACACUUCUAACCAGUGGAGUUCUGGAAUCUGUGACUGCUGUGAUGAUGUACCAGAGUGUUGCUUUUCAUUUUGGUGCUUUCCUUGUUUUGCCUGCUCGACGGCUCGUAAGCACGGCGAGUGUUUGUGUCUCCCUCUGCUCGAUGGAUUCGGAUGCAUCCCUCCAAUAACGUUGGCCAUGCGGGUAUCAGUGCGCAGUCGCUAUGGAAUCCAGGGUACCAUCUGUAAUGACUGCCUUUAUUCUGUCUUCUGUGGUGUCUGUGCCUGGUGUCAGAUGUCGCGAGAAAUGAACGUCCGUGGACAAACAGUCACACUUGUUAGAAGUCAACCAAGAUGAAGACAGCUUGGACCCACUGAUUUAUUUAGAUCUGCACAUCUGUAUUUGUUGAAAGGGAACAAUAAAGUGUAUGUAGUUUUUUUUUUUAAUCUGCAAUGAGGGAUAUACUGAAAAUGUAUUCAUUAUUCAUCAUUCAUUCAACGUUACCUAAUUUCCAUGACAUGUUUAACGUUCACAUGCUUACACUAGGAGAACAAAGAUUAUUCAAUGAUGCAAUAGCCAUUCCAGGCAAAUAUUAUUUGAUCUAGCUCAUCCUGUGAAAUUUUCAAGACCAACUGUUAGAGAAGUGUGUGUAGAUGGGCAGAUCGAGUGUCAACCUCAAUGUUUUUGUGUAACAAAAAAGGAAUUUCAAGAUAGUCUUAGUUCUGCUCCUGAUUUAUUCUGAUUAAAUCCACAUGCAAUUUGUUUCAA